AUUAUCUCUCAAGGUUUUUACGGUUUUAUUUGAGAUAGAAGUCGGACAGAAAUAAACAGAACAUUGAAAAAUGAGUGAAGAUUUUGACAAUAAUAAUGCAGAUUCACCUUCCGUUUUGUCUGCAAAACUUAAAAGACCGAAUUAUAAUGAUUAUCCUUACAUACGAAUGCCUGGAGGCUUCUCAUUAGAAGCUCUGAAAUCUGCAAUCGAUUAUAAGCCAAAGCCUGGAGAUUUAUUUGUAGUUACUUAUCCCAAAUGUGGAACAACGUGGAUGCAAUAUAUCGUUACAGUUAUGAUGAGGAAAGGAAGACCCGUAAUCGAUGCAAGAGAUUAUUUACAAAACUCGCCUUUCUUAGAAUUUACAGGUGUGGAUGCAUUGGAAUAUAUGACUGAUCCGGGCCCAAUUAAAAGCCAUUUGCCUUUUCAUUUGAUACCGUUUUCAUCUGAGGCUAAAUAUAUAUACGUGGCACGAAAUCCCAAGGAUUGUUGUGUGUCUUUUUAUCAUCAUACAAAAUCAUUACCUUCUUAUAAUUUUAGCGAUGGAACCUUUGAUGAAUUUUUUGAAAUGUUCAUAAACGGCCAAACGGAUUAUGGAGAUUAUUUCGAUCAUCAUUUAUCCUGGUACGAACAUAAGAACGAACCUAACAUCCAUUUUGUAACAUACGAAGAUUUGAAAGCCGACACAAAAAAUGAAAUAUUGAAAAUUGCAAAGUUUUUGGGUGAAGAGCAUUACGAAACAUUAACGAAUAAUCCUGAUAUUCUCGAUAAAGUUCUCAAAUAUAGCAGCAUUAAUUAUAUGAAGAAUUCAUUAAAUGAAUCAUUUAAACAUAUUUUUUUAUCAACUUCUAAAAUUUCAGAUAAUAUACCAUCAGGUGUUAAAGCCUUUAACAAAUUCAUGGCAGAACAUUCGUGGUUGGUUAAAAAUAAUGAAGUAGAAUUCGUUCGUAAAGGCGUUGUUGGAGAUUGGAAAAAUUAUUUUACUCCGGAACAAGAACGAAGGAUGGAAGAAAGAAUAAAAGAGAAAACAAAAGGUAGUCCCUUGAUGAAUAUUUGGAAGAAAUGAAUAUAUACCACGAUAAACAAUUACAGCAGUGAAUUUAAUAUCCUGUUGAAGAAUUUUCGGAAGAAAAUAUUAUUAUUUAAAUUAA